AUGACGGAGAAGAAUGCCAUCAAGUUCACAUUCGAUGGAGGAGGCGUUGCAGUACCUCAUGAUGAUCGAGCACCGCAAGCGCUACCUAGUCGGACGCUGGCUAAAGUGCUGACCGGGGUGGCCAAGGUGGCGAUCAGGCGGAAGGUGCAGAAGGAGUUUGGAAACCCAACCUCUACCCGUACCACCUGCUGCCCCAAUUACACGAUCCGAGUACGGCAUCACAACACGAGGUUUCAGCUGAUGCGAUGGCUGAGGAGGAAGCGCCCGAAUCUCCAGAGAGCAGAGACGGAGGAGAACUUGUCGAAGACACUUGGGUAUACUAUGGGUCAGACGAGGUUAGUGCAGGAUGGUGGUCCUCCAGUUGGUCCUUCGCAGCGCCUGAGUAAGAUUCAGCCCCAGCAAGCUAAAGCUAUUGAGGAGAAGCAAGCCAAAGCAGUUCAGCAGUACACUGGUGCCAUUCAAGUGCUAGAGGAAGAAGGCAACCGGGAACAAGGAAACCAGGCCCAGAGCAAGCACGACAAGCAGGCCGCAGAGCAGCAAGGACCUUCAGGUGUUGAUUUUGAAGCUUUGAAGUGGUCAUCGAGCCCAGCGGCAGAGAUGACGGAGAAGAAUGCCAUCAAGUUCACAUUCGAUGGAGGAGGCGUUGCAGUACCUCAUGAUGAUCGAGCACCGCAAGCGCUACCUAGUCAGACGCUGGCUAAAGUGCUGACCGGGGUGGCCGAUGGCGAUCAGGACCAGGACCACGCAAGACACCCAGUGGCUGUCACAUCCGAGGGAUUCCUUCUCGUGCAGUGGGCCGGACUGGAGACACAGGAGCAGGCCAAUCUCCUGGCGUCUAUCCGCGGGAGUUCAGCACCAACACUGUGGCUCGGGCUCUUCGAGAGCAACGGCCGGAUGAAAAGGGACGAGGCCCUCUUCGCAGAGGACCCUAGCUGCGACAUCCAGGCCUUGGAAUAUGGCGAGCAGGAGGCCUACCACACCGAGCAGUGCAG